AUGGAAAAACACAAUUUUUACCAGAAAGAUCUUUGCAUUUCUAUAAGAUCAACAUGUGAAAGCAUUGAUAAGACCCAGUUUCAAGAAAUAUUUCAAAAGAAACGAGAAAAUAAAAGACUAAAAACGAAAUUUAUGUUCGAGGAAACAGAUUUAAAGGAACGUGCUGCAGUUUGCUAUGGAAGACUUAAUAGAAGAAAUUUGGAAACAACAAAGGAAAUACAAAAGUUAAGCAGGAAGAUUAAUCAGCUGAAAUCGAAAAUGCAAGAUAGCUAUCACGAUGAGCCAAGUCUGGAUUUCGAUGAAGGAUGCAGAGCAAAAUGCUUACCAGAGCCGGCAUUUUUGCAUCAAGAUGCAUUUGAUAUAGUAACUCCUGUAAUCAAAUUUUGUCCUAACACAAGGCCUAUACUGAGAAGAACUCAGUCUCAGCCUUGUCUAUAA